CACUGCUUGCGCAGCCGUAGACUCGUCGGGACUGGUCGGCGAGUUGCCCCUGUCCUCACUACUUGUAAGAUAGUGGUUUAUGACUUUCGUAGUUUGACAAGCGAACAAAGUGACUUAGAAAGAGGUCGGGUGUUCAAGCCGAGUUCGAUAGAGGAUUGUCGUUGGAGCGGGAAUUAGUUUUCCCGGGUGACUUCUACCUCAACAUCCUGGACCGGAGUCCUCCCAGGGUUGCUGCUAUUGAUUCUGAUCUGUGAAAGCAGUUCCACUUCAGACUGGUGGAGUCAUAGAAUGUCCAGACGCUCCGAGUUGAAGGAUGACCCGGUGGACUGCCCGCUGUGUUUGGAGCAGCUCGAGAUCGAUGACGUCCACUUCUUUCCAUGCACCUGUGGGUACCAGAUUUGCCGCUUUUGCUGGCAUAGAAUUAGGACGGACGAGAAUGGUCUUUGUCCCGCCUGCAGAAAGCCAUAUCCAGAAGACCCUGCCGUUUAUAAGCCACUUUCUCAGGCUGAGCUGCAGAAAAUCAAGACAGAGAAGAAACAGAAGCAAAACGAAAAGAAGCAAAAAAUCACAGAGAGCCGAAAACACCUCGCCAGUGUCCGGGUGGUCCAGAAGAACCUGGUGUUUGUAGUUGGGCUGUCUCACAGGCUGGCCGAUCCUGAGGUUUUAAAGAAGCCAGAUUAUUUUGGGAAAUUCGGAAAGAUUCACAAAGUGGUCAUCAACAACAGCACAUCAUAUGCGGGUUCACAGGGACCCAGUGCUAGUGCCUAUGUCACCUUUAUACGGUGCGAUGAUGCUCUCAGGGCGAUCCAAUGUGUCAACAAUCUGAUGAUAGACGGCAGAAUACUCAAGGCGUCUUUAGGAACAACCAAAUACUGCAGUUACUUUCUCAAGAGCAUGCAGUGUCCCAAACCUGACUGCAUGUAUCUCCAUGAACUUGGGGAUGAAGCUGCUAGUUUUACAAAAGAGGAGAUGCAGGCUGCAAAGCAUCAAGAGUAUGAACAGAAACUAUUUCAAGACCUAAACAAACGGAAUCUGGCCGUAGUGCAGACCGUAGCUGUGACUACAGGAGACAAACCAAAGGGCAAAGCCACUUCAUUACAGAGCUCCAGCAAAGAAGACUCUGAGCCUCCAGAGGAUUUGUCUGAUGGGAGGUUAUCAGACUACAGUCCGCCACUGGACUUGUGUGAGACUGAACACUUGACUCCAGAGGAGCCUGCACAUCAACCCAACCAUGGCCUUGACACAGAGCUCUCCCCGUUUUUGACAAACUGUGACAUUGCAAGCCCUACUGACAAACUACCUGAUGUGAACGGUGUAGCUGAAACGCCACAGACGUUACCACGCUCACCGUCGCCUCCUCCUGGCUUCAGUAAGACAAGCCAUGUAGUUCCCAUCAGACUCUCAGGCCACACAGCUUUAUCAAUAUUUGAGGCAGCCACGUCCGAGUCCCAGUCGCUGUUUUCGGACAACAGCAACUUCAGACAUCCAAACCCAGUGCCAAUUGGACAGAGUGGACUGAACACGACCACUGACUGGCCCACAGCUCCUGAACCACAUAGCCUUUUCUCCUCAGAUACCAUCCCAGUGUCCUCAUCAACCGACUGGCAAGCAGCAUUUGGGUUCGGCUCAUCCUAUCAGAAACAGCAGCAGCAGCAGGAUGAUGACCUUGGCUUUGACCCCUUUGACAUCACCCGGAAGGCUUUGGCUGACCUCAUAGAGACAGAGCUGGCUGUCGAGAAUGGCGUUGCUUCCUCGUCUCUCACUAAUGGCUGUCAUAAUCAUUUGCCAAGCUUCUUUAACAACAAACCCACUAACCAAUCUGCAGUCAACGCAGGCCCAUCUCAAAACCUACAUUGCGGACUCUACAACUCCUUCAGCUUUCCUUUAUCUUCCAUAAACUCAGCAUCCCUUUCGCACCAGUCUUGGAUGAACUCUACCGCGGUGUCGUCACACGCUGUGCACUUACACGAUGCUAUCAGUCCAUCUGUCGCCACUGGACACAGCAACUUUUUGGACUUGAAUGUUUCUUCAGGGAACCACAUCGGCGGGCCAGGAAGGAGACCAGUCACAGAAAACAGCGGCUCUGUGGAGAGCUUGAACAUGAAGGAGUGGCAGGACGGCCUGCGAGCACUUCUGCCAAACAUAAAUAUCAACUUUGGAGGCGUGCCCAGCUCCUCUUCAUCAUCCUCGUCCUCAUCCUCUUCCAGCAUCAACCACACGGGAACACCGGCGGCGUCCAGAAGUGUUUCUCACAGACACUCGUGGGACAGCUCAUCCAGCUGGAUGGACCCUGCCAUCAUCACAGGAGUGCCGGCCUCCAAUCGCGACUCGCUACAGGACGACAAUCCUCCACACUGGCUCAAAUCCCUACAGACGCUCACAGAGAUGGAGAGCCCCGCCUCACACAGCGGCCCCCCGGUGAGCCGGCCACCCCCCCACAUAGCCAGUUGGGUGCACUACCCGAGUCCCAUCAGCCAGUUUCACUCCCCGCCGCCCGGGUUCCAAACGCUCUUCCCGACACAGAGCCAGACGGAUCGGCUACAGAGCGCUGCUGUGGAGCAUCACUGAAGUUGACGGGAAUUAUUCAACAAUUUGGCAUUUUGUUUCUCUUUUCGUCCAAAAUGUUCUGAGCUUGUGUCUGGCUUUGAUUUGUAGUCUGCUACCCCAGCCACACGCCACUCACUGCCUGACCUCCACAUGAACCCCAACAUUGCCUCGUGUUGUUUGAAUGAAUUCCGAAGGUUUUUACUUUCUUCUCUUUUCUUCGCAGCAAAUAUGCUUUUUAUUGCACCACACCAGGACACACCUGCUCAACAGCACGCCAUUAUUUAAGAGUGAAAAUCAGCAGUCAAAAUACUCUUUUAAAAAAUGAAAUUUAUAAUGAAAAAUGUAGAAAACUAAUAAGGCAUCACCCCGUGUUUUGGUGAAAUAAAAGUGGAUAUAGUACACUAGUCUUAGUGAUCAUUUUUGCAGCUAGUUUUAUGCAGAGAACUGGAAAUCUAACCAAUGAAUGCUAAGAAAUAAAAGUAAAUAAAUAAAAGCCUAAGGUGUAAAGGCCAUCAAUAAUCCAACCAACGCUGGCUAGGUUGCACAUAAGUAGAAAAUCAUAUCAUGAAAAUCUGCGCGCAAACAAUUUCCCCAUAGCAUCCAGAGUGUUUUGCAGGAGAAUUGAGUUGAAAUGAACUCUGGAUCUGGUAACUCUCUAAUAACUGAAAGGUCUUGAAUAGAGUGGUGACCUCUAGAGUCUAGUGAUGGCAACAAUCACAUCUCUGACCAUCGGCCGCAGCUAGCAGUUCUGCUCAAUGGCACUUUGGCUAGGUUCAGCAUCUCAGCACUUUAGCUACGUUUGCACUUUAAAUACAACUGCACUUCAGCUGAGGCUACUACGGACGGUUGUGUUAGGGGGCAGGCUAUUUGUUGGAUUAGAUUCACUGCUCACUUUGUUAUAGAAAUGAAGAAUAGAUUCAAAAGUCUUUUUUUCACCGCAGCUUUCUUUUAGAUACUUGGAAACACUGCUAGUGAGGUAACAGCAUAUUGUGAGCGCUGAUAAUGAAAUUACUACAUGGAACUGCGCAGCUGUUGUGGAACAGAUUUCCCAUUACACUUGUUUAUCCAUGGGUGGCUUUUUAUGAAAGUUUUCAGGAUAACUUGGUUAAUCAAAACACCAUUUCCCCAUAAUAAACAUCCUCUGGUUUUAUUCUUCUUCUAUCACAAGUUGGGUUGGGUGCACUCAAAAAUGUUUUAUCUAUCAUUCUGUUCAGCAUUAAUAAAGUUGGAAAUAAUUAAUGUUACUUGUUUUGAAAAUUGUGCUUGCAAACUAUAGCAAAGAUUAUCUGCAAGUGUUUUUCACAUAUUGUUCGUCAAUACGCACUUGUUUGUCUCUUUGCUCUGCUAUAAUCAGUCUAGGCUGUCAGCUUUCUUUCAUCACGUGUUGGGAGCUGUGUUUCCUUCAGCAUCGACCACACGCCUCGAUCGAAAGAUCGCUGAUACGGUCAGGGAUGGUGCGUUCAGGUGCUGUCAGAAUACUACAUGCCGAUUUUUUUUGUGUGCAUUUUUAUCAAGUCCUAUUUCUCACACUACUUUCUUGUUAUCAAAAGAUGCGUUGAAUAUGGCAAAUAUUCUCCGCUGGAUUUCCUACGAUACCGCAGCACCUGAAUGCAUCAUCCCUGAUCGACUUCUCUGAUGGCUUUGUCUGGCUCCACUUCUGAAUGAGAAUAAGUGGUUGGAUACAUUUCCAGCAAAAGUGAUGAUUGAGAGCAGAGUGGCACUCGGAUGUAGCUUGUGAGGCUUGUUUUCGACUGAUAAGAACCAAUAGUAGUGAAGAAGCGUCUCCUUAAUAGUGACCAGUAUGAGAAGCUGUUAAAUCACCUUCAUCAUUUAAGAGUCUUUUAUUUGCUUGUCAAAUCAGUUGGACUCCUGAAAGUGGCCCAGAUGUCUGAAUUGAUGAUCAUUUAAUUCAUCUACGCUCCAUUUCAGGUUCUCACUGAGCCUAUUGGUUCCAGAAUACUUCAUAAAAUGUCCCUUGAGUCCUUGGUGUUUGUGGCUUAAUUUGACUUGUGGAAUAGUUUUACAUUUGUCAUGAAUGCGCCUCCAGUGGACACAUGUAGACAUGCGCGGGUAUAAGACCGCACCAUUCUUUCACAAUAACGUUUGCAAAAUAUUACAUUCUAUCAACAUGAGAAGUUAACAUGCUUAUCGGGAACCUCUGCAGUAUACGAUCAUAAAUGAAUUUACAUUUUUUCCGUGUCAGAAUAACCUCACUAACUACUCUAGUUAAUGCAGUAUGUGAUAGAAUUAAGGAAUGUUAAAAAAAAAACCACAUUACUUGUUCUUAACAGUGUUUUAUUAGAGGGUUUAAUAGGCAAAUCACCAAGUUGUACGAUUUUCUUAUUCAAAGGAAAGUUUAAACUCUCAAAUUGUAGUAAAAUAAUGCAGUUGUUACUUUUAAUUUUGGCCUAGUUAUGUUUUUGCGUCCUUCAACUGAUACUCUGGCGUCUCAUUUGGUCAGGCUGUGUGUGCUGGGAUAGCAACUUCAACACUUGUCUUAUCAUUUUAAUCUUCCUGGGUUGUGUUUUGGUUCUGACUCGCCUUGGCAAAAACGCUGGCUAACAUCACUUGGUAAAUCUUGAAUGUCUUAAUUUGAAAAGAGCGCACCUCAAAAUCUGCAACUAAAAUUCAAAUAAAAGAUUCAAUGUGAGAAAAUAGUGUCAUUUUCUUUUUUGUUUCUUUAU